CCACAGCAGCAUGACGUGAGGCCGCAGCGCACGAGCGUCGACAGCCGACGCGUCAGAUCAAAGCCGCGCGAUGCCGGUCAUAAAGCGUCACCGAAACCGAACGGACGCCGACGGCGACUCUGAGAGUGAGUACGCGCCAUCCCGCUCCGCCUCCAAGAGCGAGCCUGAGGACGUCGCGACGUCCGACGUCGGUGAGAUCUCCGCGCGUUCUCCGCCCGCCGCGGCGUCCGUCCGGGAGAAGAAGAACGCGCUCGAGGACGCGGGCGUCGACCUCUUUGAUGUCAUCGAACGGAGUGACCUCGAGGCGACGUACACGGCGCUGAUGGUCGAGCGCGCGAAGAAGCCUAGCGCGAACGCGAACGCGAAGCGAGCGAAGAAAAACGACGCGUUCGUCACGGAAGCAGCCCCCGCGCUCGCGUCCCCGACCGCGAAGAAGAAGAGAGCAGCGAAGGUGCUGGAGUACGGUGUCGACAUCGUGGAUGCGUAUAGAACCUUGGGAAACUCGAGUACGUGGGAUAAAUACGCGUCCAUGAAAGCGGACGAGGUCAAGUCGUGGCUCAAGGCAAACAACAUGCGACACUCCGGGACUAAGGAGCUUAAUGUCGCGCGCUGCGUGGACGGGGAAACCUGGGGAGCCCUCCCGGGGUGCCCACGCUGUCGCGCCGGAAAGCUCCGAGUGCACUACCCAUCCGCAGACGCCGCGGUGCACGACGGGAAAGGCACGUGGACCUGCGGUGGGUUCUUCGACGACGCCCUCGGGCUUCAUCAAAACUGCUACUUCUCUGCCGACGACUCGGACGAGGUCGUCCGCGAGCGAUGGCGAACCAAGGACGACCCCGCGCCAAAAUUCGGCUCCUCGGCGGCGGCGGGCUCGAACGCGAAUGCGAACGUGGAUUCGCGCGCGGACUUUGUCUCCGGUUUCGCCUUGUUCGACCGCUCCGACGCUGCCGUCGAGCUCCUCCGCGUCGCCCGUCGGUUAAAGUUUCAGCUCCCGGUCGACGACCAGCAGGCGAAAGUGCUUUGCCUCACGAUACUCAUGGCGACGAAAGACUUCGAAGCAGGCGCUUGGAACGGUGAUGCCGCGCUCUCGGCGUUGCGCGAGGAGCACGCGCCGCUGACGAAAACCGAGCUCUCGGGAGGCCCGCCGGCGAGGUGCGAGAAAAAUUCCGCUCUCGCGUCGGCACUCGACAGGCUCGCUCGUCUCGAGAAGAACGCAGGCGGGGACGCGUUCAAGAUUCGUUCGUACGUCGCCGCUGCAAGCGAGAUUCGGGCGUUGGAUCGCGUCGUGGACUCCGGAAAGGCGUGCGCGAAGAGCGGACCGACGAAAGUAAAAGGGAUCGGAAAAGGCAUCGCGGAGAAGAUCGACGAGUUUCUCGUGUCCGGGACGAUGCAGAGGAUUCUCGAGCUCGAGUCCGGGGCGGUAGCGUGAGCGCGACACCCUCACUCGGAGAGUGCUCUGCGUGCAUUGAAGGAGCCGAACGAGAAUGAAAUGCGCG